UGAGACGAUUCAGGACCACCCUGCCCCAAGUCGACUUUCAACGGGUCCAUCUGGAUGAGUUAAUGAAUCGGGCCGGAUUUCUGAAAUUGAACGAACACAGUUUCAAGGCGAGCGUUUGGCCAGUUUUCCACAUUAGUGAUGUGCUCCGGGUGGCAUUGCUCAAGCUCUAUGGAGGGACGUAUUUGGACUCGGAUGCCGUGUCCAUUCGUUCCUUGCCGAAAGACAGGAAUUUUGUGGUCAUUGAGACUUCGGAAAGUAUCGCCAACGGACUUCUCAGGUUUCGCGUGGGCCAUCCUGUCAUCGAGGAAGCGCUUCAUUACUUGGAUAACAACUUUGAUCCCAAGGGUUGGGCUAAUAAUGGACCUUUGGUCUUCACAAAGGCCAUCCAAAAACUGUGCCAAAUCCCAGAAUCCACUCACUUGUCCUCGAUCAAAGCUGACAAAUGCUUGGGCAUCCACGGGUAUUCGAAUGACAAGUUCCUGUUGAUUGGAACCAAACAGUUCUGGGAGUUUGUGGAGAGCCACUCGCAAGAUUGGAUCGACCGGAAAAUUGAGGAACUAGAGGCCAAGUCCUUAUCCACCCAUCUCUGGGGUCAUCGCUACAAGAUGCAUGAUCUGAAAUUCGACUUUAAGAGCUUUAACGCCAGUCAGUUGAUUUAUCGUAUUGGACAAAAGUUUUGUCCAACCACCUUCCUAUCGAGUCGAGAGAGAAAUUAAUGCAAUGUAGAUCGUAGAAAGGAACGCUAAGGAUAGA